AUGCCACCCCACUUCUACGCCCCGAGAAAGCGACGUCGCGAGCCUUACAAUGUCGACGUGAAGCUCGUAGAGAUCUACGAGGACCUGGCCAGCGAGAAAGACGAGAUCCGUCUCAAAGCCGCACAAGGCCUCGUCUCACAAUUCACACCCGAUAAGGACCCCACCGAUGAUCAAAUUAAGAAGACGCUGCAGAGACUAUUUCGCGGUCUCUGCAGUAGCCGUAAAGCAGCUCGAAUUGGCUUUUCAAUCGCUCUGACGGAGAUGCUCACUCAAAUCUUUACUGUCAAGCGCGAGGAUUCGGAGGUCGUGCUUGCAGAUGCGCUUCGUAUCUGGGAGGCUCAGUCGAACAACUCUGGCGAGACCAGACAGGAACAACGCGACUACCAUUUCGGUCGGCUAUUCGGUGCCGAAGCCAUCCUCAAAUCUGGCGUCCUCUUCGAAGCCAGCGUUCCAUUUGACUAUUGGACCAAGGUCCUCGGCCUGAUUUUCGAGCUUGCGCAGAAAAAGCCAUGGCUCCGCGAGGAGUGUGGAUGGAUCAUUUACCGUUGCAUCUAUGACCUCUCUGCUCGCAAGAUGGAUGUUAAAUUCCUGGAGAAUACCCUGGAGACCGUAUGCUCCCAUGACCUGGCGAAGACCCCGGAAGGUGUCGCGGUCUGGCUGGCGGCGAAGGACAUGUUCCCCGAUGCCAAGUUUCCCUCCAAGGUCUGGAAGCACGAUGACCCAUUGGACACAAAGGAGCGCAGCAAUCUGUCUAAAAUUAUGAAGGAAUCUUCUGCUGAGGAAGAUCAGGGCGAGAAGAAACUCAAGGCUUCUGGUACCUGGAACUCCAAGCUUCAUUUCGCGUGGGAUGCGGUUAUUUCGCGGACUACUGAGAGCACUAAGUCGAAGGGACGUCUGUCUUUCAGUGAUUUCUGGACAGAGGUCGUGGACAAUAGUCUAUUCGCCUCCGCUUCAUCCGACGAACGCAAGUAUUGGGGUUUCCUCCUAUUCAACAAAGUCCUCAACGAAGGUACCUCUAGCCAGGCAUCCCAUGUGUUCACCAAAAAUCUUGUUCGAUGCUUGACAAACCAGCUUGCUGUCGAAGAUCGUUACUUGCACCGCAUGGCUGUCAAGGCCUCUAAGGCAAUCCAAACCCGCGUCUCCACCGAGCCCGGCUUCGCAGCCGCAGCAGUCGGCGGCCUGAUGGGUACCGCUGGAGCCGUGAACUUUGACCAAGCCACAAAGACGAAGACCAUUGAGAAGAUCGUAGCUGACGCCAACCGUGAGGCUUUGGAAGAUAUUGUUCCAAUGUUUGGAAAGCUUCUCACUCACCCUGGUGCAAGCGAUGACAAGGUUGCUGCAUCAAACCGACAGUUCAUUGCCGGUAGUCUUCUCUCAAUUGUGCGGGCGAAGGCCUCCACCGGUAAUGACGAUUCGGAAGAGGAUUUCCAGUCUGUUCUGGAGCAGAUUCUGUCUAUCCUCGUGCGAUUCGCAUACUUCCCCAAUACCGAUGAUGCUUCCACGGCCCCACAACCUGCUCUCUCUCAGGCAACACAGGAGAUGCUGCGCAACCGCAUCAACUCCUCGUUAAACAGUCUCCUCACAUCACCAAAGUAUGCUGCAGCUAUUCCUUAUGCGGUUGUCAAGCAGAUCCGUGAUGCUAUUAAGUCCGAAGAAUAUGGAAAGUUCAUCAUCAAUAUGGAUGACAAGUUGCAAGAUUCCGUGAAGACUGCUUUCAAGUCUCUCAAGAAGCUUUCUAGCAAGGAGAAGAAGGGCGAGACAUCUAGUAUCUCCGCUUUCAAGCUCUUGUACUCCAUGACCGUUCUGCAGGUGUAUAACGGCGACCCCGAUGCUGUGUCAAUGCUCGACGAGUUAGAGUUCUGCUACUCCAAGUUCAUGGACGAAAAAGAAUCAAAGAAAGAAGAUACCUCCGAUGCAUCGGACGCCCUCGUUGAAAUUCUUCUCAGCUUUGCCUCAAAACAGUCACAGCUUUUCCGUCGCAUGAGUGAGCAAGUUUUCGGUGCCUUCGCCGACCAGGUUACUGAGAAUGGACUGGAGUCUUUAAUUUCGAUCCUGGAAGCCAAGGAAAGUCUUGCCGGGCAACAAGAGAUGUUCGAAGAACAAGAUGACGAUGAAGACGUCGAGGAAGUCUCCGAGAACGACGAUGUCUCGAAUGACGAUGACGAAGACAUGCCAGACGCCGACGACGACGAAAUGGACAGCGACGUGGAAGUUGUCGAAGCAGAGGACGCCUCCGACUCCGAUUCUGACGAGGAAGAAGAGGAAGAGGACGAAGAAGAUGCUGCCGAAGUCGCUGACUUCGAAGCCAAGCUCGCAGCCGCCCUAGGUACCCACCGUGGUGAUAAAGAUAUCGACGCUGAAGAAUCCGACUCAGACGAGGACAUGAACGACGACGAAAUGGAAGCUGUAGACGAAAAGCUCGCUAAUGUCUUCCGAGCCCGUCGCCAAGUGACAUCCCAACAAAAAGACAAGAAAAAUGCUCGCGAGAACAUGGUCAACUUCAAAAACCGAGUUCUCGAUCUUCUCGAGAUCUUUGUCAAGAAGUGCCACUCCCGCCUGUUAACACUAGAUCUAGUCCUUCCUCUUCUACGACUCUCUCGCCGCUCCUCUGUGAAGCAGAUCGCGUCCAAGGCGAAUAAUGUGCUCCGCGAAUAUACCAAGCUGUGCAAGGGAUCUGCUGUUCCGGAAAUCGAUGAUAUCAAGCCUGUCUGGGAACUUCUGCGCUCUAUCCACAAGGAGGCGGCGCAUAGUGGGCCUCCCGCUCACGCGACAGCUACUAGCCAGGCUAGUUUGCUUGUUGUCAAGGUUCUUGUUGCGCAUGAUAAGGCUGAGAUUGCGGGUGUUGUUGAUGUUUAUGCUGAGACGAGGAAGAACCAGCUUUGCAGUACGAAGUGUCAUAUUCAGCCUUCUUUCUUUACUGACUGGAACAACUGGUGUGUUUCAGCUAGUAAGCAGCUCAAGAACUGA